GUUCCUGACUUCCGAGACAACGCUAAUCUACAAAAAUGGGAGUGAAAUGGAAUUCUAUUCUCAAGGGAUCAGUUUGUGUAGACUUGGUCCUCAAGAUAUUGAUUCAAUUCAAGUGACCGCCGUUGAUGUUGAAAGAAGAACACAAAAACAGUGACUACGUUUUGCCCAGCUUUCAUCUGUCUUCACGCCUGCUUCCUCGCACUACUACAUUCGUAUAUAUCGGGCAGGAUCGUUGUCAAGCGUUACCACCUGGUUGGCUCCACAAAAGCUUCAAGCGAGACUUCGUAAAAAAGAUUGCAACCGUUGAAAAAUGAGUGGCAUUAAAGGGUAAAAUAAUUGAAAAUGGAGACUUCGUCAAAAAGAUUACAGUCUGUCAUGUCCUUUUCAAAUGGUUACCGCUCUACUACUGCAGUUCUUUGCGUCUUUAAUGACAUGAAAGUCUUUUUUUUCUUCAAUCCCAGUGGAAGAAGCAGGUGUAAUGGGAUUGAAGAAAAAUAAGAGAUGAACAGGAAAGAAAAAACGGAGAAAAGAAAAAUCGGCUUUCAAACCCUCUUGUAGAAACUUCCCUCCCCCUCUCUCUCUCUCUCUCUCCAAAUAUCACUUUUGUACUCGGCGACUCGCCUACAAUGGGCUUCCGAGGUUUCUUUCUGUCCUUCCUUUUAUUGGCCUUCCGUUUCGAGGUUUCGAUCUCAAGCUCCAGUAGCCUGGCAUGCAAUUCAAAUGACCUUAAAGCAUUGACGGGUUUCUCCAAUUGCUUAGGAUCAGUGAUUGCUGGGUGGAACAGCGUGGCCUCACCUGAUUGCUGUAAUUGGACUGGUGUCACUUGUGAUAGUUCCACUGUUUCUGGCAGAAGGAUAGUUGGCUUGGAACUUAGUAGCAGAAAACUCACGGGGAAGAUCUGUGAAUCCUUGGCAGACCUUGAUCAGUUGAGAUUCCUAAACCUCUCUCAUAAUUUUCUAAGCGGUUCACUUCCUGAUGAUUUGUUUAGACUGCAAAACUUAGAGAUCAUAGACAUAAGCUUUAAUGAUUUUGUUGGUCCUAUCAACGGAGGCAUGUGUGCAUUAUCUUCUUCAAUUCGAGUGCUUAACUUCUCUUACAACUAUUUUGCUGGGGAACUUCCAAAAGAUUUGGCAAAUUGUACCUCUCUUCAUCAUAUCUCCUUUCAUAGGAAUUCUUUAUCAGGAAGCUUGCCUCUUCAUCAUAUCUCCUUUCAUAGGAAUUCUUUAUCAGGAAGCUUGCCUGAUAGUGUCUUCCAGCUGCAAAAUCUUCGUGAACUGCUUAUUCAGGAUAAUAGGUUCUCCGGGCCGCUGAAGAAUGGAAUUGCCAACCUUUCCAACCUUGAGAAGCUGGAUAUUUCCUCUAAUUUGUUUUCUGGAAUUCUUCCGGAUGCUUUUGGGAGCCUUACAAGACUUGAGCAGUUCUCAGCCUCCUCAAAUCAAUUCAUCGGUCGUUUGCCUAUUUCGGUUGUGAACUCGCCAUCACUUCAAAUGCUCAUCUUGAACAAAAACUCUCUGAGUGGUCCAAUCAAUCUCAAUUGUUCUGCAAUGAAAAACCUCGUCUCCCUAGAUCUUGGUUCAAAUCUGUUCCACGGUCCAAUUCCUGAUGGUCUAUCCUUCUGCCGUAGAUUGACUGUGCUUAAUCUUGCCCGCAACAAUAUAAAAGGUGAACUUCCCAACAAUUUUAAGAAUCUCGACGCCCUUGCAGUUCUCUUACUCUCAAACAAUAGUCUUGAAAAUAUAUCAUCAGCUCUUGAGAUUCUGCAACACUGCAAGAACCUAAGUAUGUUGUUCCUUACGAAGAACUUUUAUGAUGAAGAAAUGCCUAACGGUGGUAAUCUGCAAUUCCAGAACCUCAGGGGUCUAGUUCUUGCCAACUGUAGACUCAGAGGUUCGAUCCCACAAUGGUUGAGGAGUUGCACCAAGUUACAGCUUUUGGAUUUAGCGUGGAAUAAUUUGGGUGGAAGAAUUCCGUCCUGGUUUGGAAAGUUUGAAUCUCUGUUUUACUUGGAUUUGUCAAAUAAUUCUUUCAAUGGCGAGAUACCAAAGAGCUUGACAGAAAUACAGCGCCUCAAAAGCGGGGAUAUCUCAUUAGAAGAGCCUUACACAAGUUUUCAGAUUUCCUUCAAUACUCGUGCAGCAAGUGGGCAAAUUUUUAGCUAUAAGCAGAUUUCAGGCCUUCGACCAACUUUAGACCUAAGCAAAAACAUGCUCGAGGGACCAAUCUGCCCAUGUUUUGGAGAUCUGCAGAAGCUGCAUGUUUUGAAGCUGAAAGAGAAUAAUCUAUCAGGAAGUAUUCCAGGAAGUUUAUCAACAAUGACAAACUUGGAGAUUUUGGAUUUGUCUCAUAAUAAACUGUCAGGAGAAAUACCUUAUUCUCUAUUAAAACUUAGCUUUCUGUCGGCUUUUGACGUAUCAUAUAAUCAGCUGUACGGGGAAGUCCCAAAAGGAGGUCAGUUCGAUACUUUCCCAGAUAGAAGCUUUGACGGAAACAACGGCCUAUGUCGUGGGGGCUGUACUCAUGAAUCUGAAAAAACUCCAACUCAUUCUUCGAGAGAGAAAAAAAUGAAAAUCUUUGGCUGGCAGUUUGGAGUCGGAGCUGCAAGUGGUUUUGUUCUUACUGUCAGCUGUUGCUUCAUGUCCGGAUGGGUUCUUCCGAAGCCGCGAAAAAGAAAGAAGGCAGCAACUAGAAUUGGAAGGAUAUGAGGCGUGUUCCAGUUAGGAAAUAUGUCAGAGUUUUCUUCGAUGGUUUGACAGGAUUGCCUUUGUUUCACUUCAUGCGAAUAUCAAAUUGUGCAGAAAGAAGGCAAGUAUGACAAAUCAUCGACUUUCAAGAUUGUAGUAGAAAACCAAUAAAGCGAGUUAGUUAUUUAAAAGACCUGGAGGAAAAGGAAAGGAACAGGCUUUAUUAUGUUCUUACUUAUUAUUAUUACAAUAAAUCUUCACAACUGAACAAUAUUUUAACUAUAAAAUAUUUUUAUUUUAACUAUAAAAAAAUUAUAUAAAAAUAA